GCGAUAUCCCCUAUUAUCAAUGUCGCCGUUAUAGAUACUGGAGUGGAUCCAGACUCUAUACAAUGCUUUGAGACUUGCGGUGCUUCUUUUGUCUCAUCAGCAUCUGGCGAGAGCCCAUGGUGGUUCUCAUAUCAUCCCCACGGCACGCAAAUGGCGAAGAUCAUUACGGAAUUGAAUCCAUCUUGUCGGUUACUUGUGGCUAAGGUUGGUGAUUCGGUUAUGGAUAUGACUGUAGAUCGCGCUCUAGAAUGGGCAAUCAAAUCUGGAGCCGACAUCAUCUCCAUCAGUAUCGCAUUCUUCAAAUGUGACGAUAGGCUUCAGCUGGCCGUCCAAGAGGCAAUUAGGGCAAAUAUCGUUGUAAUAGCUGCUACGGCAGGAGAAGGCUACAGACAGGAAAAGGCAUAUCCUGCCAAUUUCUCUCAUGUUCUAAGCAUUGCAGCAACAGAUUACUGGGGAAAAGAGACACCUGAAAGCCUUAAAGAGCAUGCUGACUUCAUGUUCCCAGGAGAAAACAUUAUUGCAGAGACAUUCUCUCUCGGUUCGAGAAGCUCCACAGAUAAGGUUUCAGGCACAUCAGUGGCGACUGCUAUAGCGUCGGGCGUUGCGUCUUUGAUCCUAGCAGCCCACAGAUUGUCACUGAGCAAGCUUCACAGCCAAGUAGCACGGGAACAUCAUGAGAGCCUGAAACUACAAAUUGUCAAGGAUGUCUUCACCAAAAUGGUUGACAAUAAUUCCGCGAAGUUUGUCAAGCCUUGGCUGUUUUUCGGAGACUCAGGAGACCAGACGAUCUGGGGGGAAGCCAGGUCAACUAUGGAUUGGCUAUCGAAGAAAAGGUUUUUGAAAUGA